AACAAAUCGUAUUCGCUUAAAGUUCCAUAAAAAGCAAUUCACCAACAUUGGACAAUGACUGCGAAUCAUGUACGAAAGCGUCGAAAAGGAGGGUCAGCAGAAAGAUAACGAAACAUUCAUCAAAAACAAUCGAUCCCAAAACGUGGAGGAUGCAGCUCCAAACUGGAGUAGUUACAAACUGAUUCUUGAUCCGAUUUUGACCAGUGAAAGUCAAAAACUGUACCGCUAUGACGGACAACAAUUCAGCGCACCCCAUCCUGGAUGUUUUCCCGUGGAUGUUGUACGAGAUCCCAGAAUUGCUCGUUUUUGGAGGAAAUUCAAAGAAGUAGAUCUUACAGUUUCGAAAUUCAAGGUUGAUGAGUAUUAUGUUGGCUCGCCAAAGGAGUUGACAUUCACAAGGCUCAAUGACAACAUUAGAGAUGGUUUCCUAUUCGACAUGUGUAAACAAUUUGGAGAAGUUCAAGAGUUGAACGUUUUGUACAAUCCAAAGAAUACAAAGCAUUUGGGAAUAGCGAAGGUCAUUUUUGAAUCCGUAAAGGCAGCAAAAUACGCUGUGCAAAAGCUUCAUAACACUUCUGUGAUGGGAAAUAACAUUCAUGUGGAGUUUGACCCCAAAGGCAUAAAGCGAAAGCGAUACUUCCAAAUGCUUGUUAGUGGUUUAUACACCCCAUUUACUCUCCCUGUUGGAGAUGAAGGCUGGGGACCCCAGUCACCAUCCUCAAUCACCGACUGCUUCACUGAGUGUGAACCACUAAAGAAGCUGUCUUAUGCCUUCUCGUCAUCAUCGUCCUCAAUAUUUAAUGGUUCUCCCUCACUGGAUUGUUCUACUCCUUUAUCCAUGGACACCGCCUACUCCAGUAUGCAUCAGGACACACCCAGUAGCUUCUGGCAGACCCCUCAAUACCAAGAGACUCCUUGCACCCCUUCUCUGACCAACAGCAGGCCAGGCACUCCAUCCCAGUGUGAGAGAACCCAAAAUGAGGCUUUACGGACAACCCCCAAUGCCUCGUCUAGUCAACAGUCCAUCUCAAACAUCUCACAGCUUCAGUCUGCCCAACUUCAGGCCGUCUCAGAGAAACCUAGCAUUAUACAAGGUGCUGUGCAAAACCUUUGGAUCCAAAGUGGUCUUAAAAAUGAAUGCUUCCCGAAUACACAAAGAACUCCAGGAAACAAUUCUCACUUUCGUAGAGGACACCGGGGCAGACCACUUGGGAGCAAAUACCAAAAUGCAUACAAUCGUAGGCCAGAGCAUCACUAUAUACAUAGACCUGUAUAUAGGGGAUUUCAUAAUUGCUCUGGAUCUUCAUCCAGUCAUGUGCCUUCCAGUAAAUUUCAGGAACAUCCAAAGUCAGAUAAGCUCAAAUCCAUCACCCACCAAAACUUCACUAGGUCGGUCAAGAACCGUAGUGUUAAUCACAAAUCUGUUUUUGAAGAUACUGUUUUAGAAACACUGCCUCAAAACACCAUUGGAGUAGACGUUCAUCACUUUCGUCCAGAUAUGCAGAAUAAUGCAGAAAAUAAUUUAAGUGAAAUUCCUUCCCAAGUACCUUGUAAGACAACCCAAGAGGUGGACCACAAUCGUGGCAAAAACGAUUUACAGCAAGAUCAGUUUUCUCGCUCAUAUACCCACGAAAAGUGCCUCUCAUCUGAAACCACACAGGAUAAAUCAGACCCCACUCGUCCUGAGUCUCCCUCUCCAGCCGCUAAGCCCAACAGCCUUGACUCUCGGAUCCAAAUGCUUCUUAGUGCUGGAAGUCCAGUUCUGCCCAUCCUUAGCCAAGAGUGUUCAGACUCAGAAACUACCACUGAAGACCACGACAUAGACUCUGUCUUUCAACCACAGCUCUCUUCGAAAGCCCCCAGCUCCUCAAAUCCUGAGCCGGAUGAAGUCUUAAACUGUGACCAGAAUAAUACAGUUAAUGUUGGCUCCCAUUCAAGAGACUGUUUUCCUGAAUCUGGCAUUGAAGACGUGAGUCCUACUCCACUUCUUAACCUGGCAGACGAGGAACAUGAACAUCAGUCAGCGCAGAGGUCCUCCAGCAUCACUGUCAACCUCACCUCAAAUGAAGAUGACAAUACUUCAGAUGAACCGUCUACUAUACCAGUGAUCUGUAGCAACAGAAGCUAUGUGUCUUCAAUUUCUUCUCAGAUAGCCCCACCUCAAAUGCUUAUACCACCACCUACUCACUUUCCCUCCCUUUCUUCUAACAUACCCUCAAAUCUGCCACUUCCUCCUCCAGUGUCUCUACUGAUACCUGCAUAUCCUCCACCAAAAGUCAAGCAAGUUUGUAGGCCACCAAACUGGAAGAGUCCAAUGGCUCUUCCCAUCCCUACUAGAAUAACACAAGGGCAAGCAUCAUUUUCUCCCGCCUUCCCCCCUCCACCCUUUAAUUUCAUAACUCAUUGCCCACCUUACCCUUCACCUAGAUGUUCAUCUACCAUGUUGAGGUACAGACCACCUUGGCCCCCGCACCCCAUGCCCAGAUUCAAUCCCUCCGUGCCCCCACCAGGUUAUAUGCCUUUGAAAGAAUCUCUCAGUAAGACUACAGUAGAUGGAGUUCUGGCUGUCGUCGCUUCAGAGCUGCAGGCUAUUGUAAAGAAAGACAUACAUCGCAGGAUGAUUGAGAUUGUGGCCUUUAAAGCAUUUGAUCGGUGGUGGGAUGACAAAGAACAGGCAGCAAAGGUAUCUGCCCCAUCUGUUACUGUUAAAAUUGGAGGAAAUAAAGACAACAAACCUAAAGGGAUAGAGAAGUGCUUGAAAAUGGGGACUUCAGGGUGUGAAGGCACUGUACUGAGCACAGGAAAAAUAUUAAGCUGGCACGGUGCCAUUAAACUACCUUCUUUUAAGAGGAAGAAUCAAAUGGCUCAGGACUCCAGUGAGGUCAAAAGGAUCUGUCCUUUACCAAGUCCUGACCAUUCUGAUGAAGGUCAGUUUGAGCAAAAAACAGCCAUUGUGAAUGAUGGAGAAGACAAGGGCAGUGAAGAUGCCCUGGUGAAACGCAGACAUUGCAGACCACUGGAGUUAGAUAGUGAUGAGGAAGAAAAUGAAGAGAAUUCUCAGAAGGUGGAAGACCCAAAAUCUGAGGAUGUUCAGAUGUCUGGUCAGGAGAGGAAAGCUGAUGAAUUAAAUGAAGAUAAGGAGGUUGAAACUAUCAGGGAAGAUGAAGAUUACUCAGAUACAGAUGUUGUCAGCAACACAAGUUUAGGCUCCCCUGCAUCUCAAAGCCAAGGUUACAACUCCUUCGUCUCUCCCAGGACUGUCUCUGACUCUCCCACUGUUAACGGCUCCUCAGAAUCCUCUAGAUCUUUCUCUGACUCCUCAGAUGACAGAAGUGAAGACUUCUCAGACUCUCUAUCUUCUGAGGAGGAAGAUCAGCUGGAUGGUGAAAGUUCUUCACCCGAAAGUCAAGUUAACCACAGAAGUAUGGCAGAAGUGAUAUGGAUAUCAUCAGAUGAGGAUGAUAAUGACAACAGGGAGAUGAUGGACACUCCGGUUUACUCGUCUUUCACGCACUGGGAGGAAGAUCUCGACCCCCCUGUGACUCCAUCUGCUCCAUUUUCUGUUGAAAGUGAUGUGGACCACACAUGGCUGGAUUUAGAUUCAAGAAUAGCAGAAGAUCCAGAGGAGGAACUGAGUGUUAGAGUUUACAUGCAAGGUCUAAAGCUGCCUGAGCCUCUCCGAUACACAUUACAGGACCCAGUAAAACACUAUUUAACAAAGAGAUAUAAACUACCUGAUCCGGUGAUAUUCUUCUCAGAUCACGAGCCUGAGCUGCUGAGUCCACCGUCUCCUUCAUACACAGAGUUAUCAGAUGAUUUGGAUACCCCAAAUUCUACAGAUUCCGAGGACCAAGGAGUUAUUACAGAAACAGCUGAGAAUUCUCUGAAUCUCAGACCCAUCACGCCCACCGGCUCUUUGUCCGACAGCGACCUCGAAAUGGAUCUGGGAUGUAGACUUUCACCUCCUGCUGUUGAGGUGGUGGAGCUUCCACACACACCCGGCGGAUGUCUGGAGAAUGACGAGCUGGAAGACCAUGUUCUACCUCCAGGUCCACCUACACCUCUACCUCCUCCUCCUUCUCCAACAGGCACCCAGGAACUACCAUGCUCACCCUUGUAUGAUUGUCCCCCUCUCGCGUUAUCAUAUCCCGUGUAUGAGGAAAGACCAAAAACCCCUGGCAGGAUGAAUGGUCCUGCCCAUAUCUAUGACUCGGAGGGGAUGACGUCUUCUGGAUUAAGAAUCGGUAACCCGUUGUGUUUCCCUAACACAUCUCCAUGUGCUGAUAGUGGGAUCCCCAGGACACCAGGGAGAGAUAUGUCUCUGUCCCCACCUGUCGUAAACCAAAGGGACCUGUGGGCCGAUCGGCACCCACCCAGCCAAGAACUUGUCCAUAUGUGGGCUGGUGGACGCCGUCCUCGCACACCAGAUCAUCAGAAUGCUAAUCUCGAUAUAGAUGGUCAUUCCAAUCAUCAAGUAUCGGCCACGUUGGACGCAACACGCUUGAAAAGACGCCGAGAGCGGAUUAAAAUGAAGAGAAGAAAGAUUGAAAUGCAACAGAUUAAACAAUUUAGAACUGCAAAUGAGCGUUCGUUGUUACAUGUGGAAGAUGUAUCGACAAAAUCAUCUUCGAAUCAAAUUUUAAGGCCUUCCAAUCACAUAUGCGAUGCACCUCGGAGACUAGAUGACAGUCCUAACCAGAGGGUGUUAGAGAAACCAAGACCUCAAGAGUCAUCCUACCCAUGGAGAACGUGGAGAGAAUCGAGGCCGCAUAUCUCCAUGUUCUCUCCACGCUCAAAGAGAAGAGAGAAAUUGCUCAUCCAUGCUGUCUGGACUAAAGGCGUGAAUGAGGAGGAAAUAGCACAUCUGAAGGCCACCUAUGAGAAGCUUCUGCUGCAGAAUAAUGAUCGUGAUUGGCUUCGCAAGACACGUUGGAAUCCACAUCCUCCAACCAGCAUUCCCGACGACAUGGCAAGACGAUGGCUGGACGGGGUCCGGAAUCACAUGACAGGUUGUGCACGCAGCGAGGGUUACUACUACAUCAGCAAAAGGGAAAAACUGCGAUAUAUCAGUGAUGCACACUCUUCUUCAGAGGAGUUUACUGGAGACGCUCAGGGAAAGAGCGCACCUGCACAGAUUCCACCUUCUUCCAGAUCAGGCUCAGAACUUAGGGCAGAACAACGCCGGCUGUUGUCCUCCUUCAGCUGCGAUAGUGACCUUCUUAAGUUCAACCAACUCAAGUUCCGAAGGAAGAAGCUACGUUUCGGUAAGAGUCGUAUCCAUGACUGGGGGUUGUUCGCAGAGGAACCGAUAGCCGCAGAUGAAAUGAUAAUUGAAUAUGUGGGCCAAAGUAUUCGACAGGUAAUAGCAGACAUGCGUGAAGGUCGCUAUGAAAAAGAGGGAAUUGGAAGCAGCUAUCUGUUCCGGGUCGACCAGGACGCGAUCAUUGAUGCAACCAAGUGCGGUAACCUGGCACGGUUCAUCAAUCACAGUUGCAAUCCAAACUGCUAUGCAAAGGUCAUCACAGUAGAAGCUCAAAAGAAGAUUGUCAUUUAUUCCCGACAACCUAUUGGUGUGAAUGAAGAAAUCACUUACGAUUACAAAUUUCCUAUUGAAGAUGAGAAGAUCCCUUGCCUCUGUGGUGCAGAGAACUGCAGAGGGACACUCAACUAAAAAUGGACUCAUCUCACAGACUUAAGGUAUUAGCAGUAAACAAGAUUCAUAGUUAAAAUAAACAGACUCUUAUAUUUUAUGCACAAACCCCUCUUCAGUAUGUUAGGAUUUAUUAACAUUAACACACCCAUGUCAUCCCCAGUUUUAUAUGUAGAUUUGGCAACAUUAUGUUUCAAGCAGGCUUUUCAGGGCAUUUUGAUGAGUUUCUGGUUAAACUUAUUCAUCAUGCGUAUUGUUUGAAAGAUUAAAUCAAAAUGAACCAUGGUUUUAUUAUAGUAAACAUGGAAACCAUAGUUGUUGUUGGAUUGGUUACCAUUUGUGUUACCAAAGUUUA